CUUGUUGUUAGCGCGUCAUGUUUCGACGCAGCUUCACCCCUAGUAUCUUUAAACGCUAGCAUGUCGAGCCAAAAAAGCAGGCGCUGUCCUGCGCAAGUCCAGCUGAGCAAUCAAUUGAGCGGUGCAAUCACUAAAAGCAGGAAGGUCCUGCGUGCAAGAUCAAUUGAGCACUCGCGCCGAAAUCGGUAGCGCAGGCCAUGGCCUGCGAGCCGCGGCUCGGCCUCCGCGUGCUGGCCGCGGACGUGGCGCGGGAGCCCGGCCUCGUCUACGACGCAGUCGACGUGACCCGCCCGCCGCCCGCGCGCUUCUCCUGGCGCGCCCUCUACGCCGCGACCGCCGCCGCGGCCGCGGCCGCCGACGAAAGGAGCGGCGCGGGCCGCGCGCUGGAGCCCGGCGACUUCUCCUUCGAGCGGGAGAUCGGGGUCGGCGCCUUCGGCCAGGUCGUCCUGGCGACGCACAAGAAGACCGGGACGCGGUACGCCGUGAAGACCAUCUCCAAGAAGGUGUUGCGGCGGAAGAAGAUCGCGCAGCGCAUCUGGCGGCUCGAGCGGGACGUCUUGGUGAGGAUCGAGCCGCACCCCUACAUCGUGCCCCUGCUGGGCUCCUUCCAGACGCUGUCCCACUUCUUCCUGGUCAUGGCCUACCUCCCGGGCGGCGAGCUCUUCGAAACUCUGCGGGAGCGCGGCGCGUUCUCCGAGGAAAUCUCGAGCUUCUACGCGGCCGAGGUCACGCUGGCCCUCGAGCACCUCCACGCCUCCGGCGUGAUCCACCGCGACCUCAAGCCCGAGAACCUGCUGCUGGACGACCGCGCGCACUGCGUCGUGCCGGGCCGCGCGGAGACCGACCGGCCGCGCCGCGGCCCGGGCGCCGGCCCGUCGACCUUUUGCCUUGCCCGCAGGUGACGGACUUCGGCCUCGCGAAGAUGUUCGAGUCCGACGCCGAGGUCGCCCGCGGCGUCCCCGACGGUCGCGGCGCGCUGUCGCAGUCGCCCGGCGCGCGCGCAGGUCCACCGGACGCUGUGCGGCACGGACAUCUACAUGGCGCCCGAGAUGGUCGCGCGGCGGAGCUACGGCAAGCCCGUGGACUUCUGGAGCCUGGGCGUGCUGGUCUACGAGAUGCUCGCGGGCGAGCCGCCCUUCUACCACCGCGAGACGAAGGAGCUCCACCGCAAGAUCCUGACGGAGAAGCCGAGGUUCCCGCCCGUCUUCGGCGCGCACUCGGUCGCGGUCCUGCGCGGGCUGCUGGAGCGGCGCGUGCCCCGGCGGCUGGGCGCCCAGAAGGCGACGAUGUUCGAGGUCGGCGGCGUGGCCGCGCUGAAGCAGAUGGCGUUCUUCGCGUCCAUCAACUGGGAGGACCUGCGCCGCAAGCGGCUCGCGGCGCCGCUGCUGGCGACCGUCGCCGAGAAGAUGGCCGACGACGCGUCCGUCGGGUCGCGCAACGUGCCCGCCUUCCUGCGGGGGCGGGGCGCGGGCUACACGACGGCGUCGGACGCGUCCCUGGAUACGUCGAUCGAGGACUUCGAGUACCUGCGCGAGGGCGCGUUUCCGCCCGGGUCGCCGGUGAGAGGCAGUUAAAUUUUAGUUGUUCCGAAUUCGAUAAAAAAUGA